AUGCUAUUUGCAACGUUUUUCGUACUCGGUGCACUUACAUGUUAUGCUCGAUCAGAAGUAGUGUCAACCAAAUUUGGGGACAUCGAAGGGUUAGAGUUCUCGUAUCUAAAUGCCUCUGGUCAUUUUAAAUCCGUUAGCAAGUUUCUUGGCGUACCUUUCGCCGCUCCACCAGUUGGAGCGCUAAGGUUUAAGCCACCACAACCGCCGAAUAGUUGGAAACCGAAAGUGUAUCUGGCCAAAAAACAUGCAAGCAUCUGCGUACAACCGAAUUAUUUGGAAAACCUUAUCAGGUCUGUGACUCCAAAUUUCACGUACAGUGAGGAUUGCUUAUAUCUCGAUAUCUACAGCCCGAAUACCAGCCUCAGUUUGCCAGUGAUGGUUUACAUUCACGGUGGAGGUUACGCCGGCGGAACAGCGAUAGUGUCUCUCAGCGAUAUUUUGGCUCUUCAUGGGGUAGUGGUAGUCAUAAUCCAGUAUCGUCUAGGUCCCUUUGGUUUCUUGACGACCGGUGAUUCGGAAGCUCCUGGUAACUAUGGAAUGCUGGAUCAAGUAGAAGCUCUGAAAUGGGUCAAUGAAAACAUUAAGCAUUUUGGCGGGAAUCCCAGCAAGGUUACCAUAUUUGGACAGAGCGCUGGAGGGUCCAGUGUAGGGCUUCACCUCUUAUCGCCUCUGUCACGUGAUCUCUUUCAUCAAGCCAUUGCAGAGAGCGGUGUAGAUUUAAGUUCCUUUGCGAUUCAGCCAAAAUCUUAUGGUCUUCGUUUCACGAGAGAGCUUUCAAAAAGACUGAACUGCAGCUUGAGUAACCACCAUGCAAUGGUUUCCUGUAUACGCGACAAGAGUGCUACAGACGUGCAGAAAGCCGCAGAAUCAAUCGAAUUUGUGUUCACUAAUUACCUCUGCUUGGCACCGGUGGUAGAUGACAACUUUCUUCAUGACACACCCCGCAACUUGAGGGAGAAAGGAGAUUUUAAGCAAGUGCCACUUAUUAUUGGCUUUACCAGCAAUGAUGGGGCGUCUUUUCUUGGUUAUAUGGUCAACGAUUCUUUUUUGCUGAACGAGAGCGUGGACAAUGGAGUGAAUCCGACUUUAUUCAAAGCAUCGCUAUCCAAAUUUGCUCGUGCUCGAACCAGUAGGUAAGUUGUAUAGAGGCCUUCCCUUAGCAAACUCGGCGAUCUACCUAAUCUCACGACUUCUUCAAUCACAAAGGCUAGAAGUAUCCUGGUCCCAGAGGUUUUUCUUUAUUUUCCUCCGCGUGAGGGAGAAAGAGUCGCGAAGAAAAAUCUGGGACCCGGGUAACCGAAAAGAUAUGAGUAUGAGAAUGUCCUAGAGUUUGAUAUUCCAGAUGUUGGAGUAACGCAAGCGUGACCGUAGCUUACAAGGCGGGGGCGUACCUCUUGUAUUGCAUUAUAUUGUUAUUGCGUCCCCUCUUAUAACAGUUCAAACUCGUAGGUUUUGACAUCGUUUUCUAAGCACGUUGUCCGUAGGAGUUUUCAGCGAGCUUGUGGGGCCGUCCCGCGCUUAUCACAUAUACUCCCCAUGACGUAUACUAUCUGAUAAUUCAGCAGAAUUUUAUGAGACUGGUCACAACGUAUAGAGUCUGACGUUAGAGCCACCUUGUAGCACAGGGCGCCCAGACGUAGUGUCUCUCAAUAACAUGGACAAAGUGGGAUGAGUCGUCGAAUCUCCCAUGAACUAAAAUAGUCCAGAAGUCAAAAUAUAACAAAACAAAGCUAACAUACCUUUAACUGAACGUCUUCUUGUCUUUCCUGGUCGGUUAAGGUGUCAUUUUGUCGAGUUUUGCACUCGUAGGUACUAUCCACUCUAGAAGAAUUAAAGGCUGGCUACAAAAAGAAAAAAAAAAUGUGCGGACGCGUGUAGACGGGGCAGCAGCAACGACAUCAACGGCUACGAAAACUUCACUUGAAACUGAAGUGAAUUUGCUCUGCUUUAAACUUAUCACGUUUAUUCCAUCUCGUUCAAUUCGACAAUGUUGGCAAAUUCUUCUGGAGUUGAAUUCUAAAGGACUGUAUCGAAGAUCAGGAGAAUGAAAAGAAAAUCGUUGUCUGGUGUUCCUGUUCUCCACAAAACGUGAAAUUAGGCAUUUUCACGUCGUAAUCGCGCGGUAACGGUAAAGAAAUGUACAAAUCGUGCAAAGGUGUUGUUUUAUUAAUAAUGCUAAUGCUUUAUUGACGUUCUUGUUGUCGACGCCGUCGUCGUUGCUAAAGCUCUCUAAUAACUAAAUAAGCACGCGGCAAAAACGGAAUCUCUUUGUUAAAUAGAUACCAACUACGUCAGCCAGACAGAAUGCGGUAGUGGGCUGGUUUGAGAUUGACACUGGGUCGGUGUUGUGUCGCACUGCCGCUGGGACUGUUUUAAGGGAAGAAUUUUGACCCAGUUUCCCGCCAAACGUUGCAAUAGAGCGGUUUUCGUUUGAGUGUCGAAAAGUAAUUGGUUUUGCACUUUCUACACGAUGCGAUUGGCUUAAAAGAUUCGCGCCACCUUUUCAUCCAAUCAGAAGUAAGACCAAAGCCAAUUGUGACGCGCUCGCAUGCAUUUUCCUGCGCUUUGCAUCAGCCACAUGUAAUUACUUCGAGUUUUGAUUGGUUCAAUGUAUUGUCUGUGUCCUAUGUGAUUGGCCAGAGUAAUUACUUUGGUUUUGGUUUUACGACACUCAAACGAAAACCACUCUAACUAGUAAAGCGAAAUCGACUCCAGAACAGUCCCAUACUCACAGUAUUGCAAAACAUCACUGACUCAGUCCCAGACGCAGCCUCAAAUGGCCGAUUAAAUUCAAGUAUGAUUUCAUUAAAAAACAAGUAUUCUCUUUUUUUUUCCAGCGGUAAGAGCGCUGAUCUCAUCACAGAUGCAUUGGAGUUCAUGUACACCCCUUGGCCUGACAACAGUGAUAAAUACGCAUUAAGAAGUCAACUUGUUGAUCUUAUUGGUGAUAACCUUUACUUUGCUCCUAGUCACAAGGUCGCUGAUGUUCACAGUCAGGUCGCUCCUGUUUACAUGUAUGAGUUUGCUCAUCGGGCAAAAACAAGUAUGGGUGCUGAUUGGAUGGGAGUGGUCCAUAGCGAAAACGUUCCCUUUGAUUUCGGAGUUCCUUUGCUCCCGAAAUUUUUAUCUCUUUAUAGUCCCGCUGACAGAAAUGUCAGUUUGCUUAUUAUGACCAUGUACGCAAACUUUGCCCGGUCCGGCGAUCCUACAGUCAGCGGUGUUGCGUGGGACAAAUACAAUUCAAGUCACAGAUCUUACAUGCGAGUUGGCGUAAAUCCUGGGAUGGAGGCGUCAUUUCAUCCUCGCCGAAUGUCUUUCUGGAAUGAUUAUUACCCUAAACUGAUGCAGCUGAAGUUUGAUAUCAUUAAAGACAAAGUGAUCAGCGGUGCUAAUGCUCUUGUUAAUGUUGCCAUGGGAAAAGUUUUUCUGGUUUCAUUUGUUGUUGUUUCGCUGAUGUACUAGGAUCUAGCCAGGAUUGUGCAAGCAAAAGCCAAAACAAGCAUAACAUGGCGUAAUUAUCACUGACUGUUAAAAAUGUUACUCUUAUCUUUAUGAACCGAUAACCUAUGUUUUUUCAAAUGUUUUACGAUGGAAGCCAAAAGCCACUGAUUUUAAAUCUUUGAACAAGAGAACGCUGUUUAUUUUUAGAUGAUUUUUAAUGCCUAUUGCUCCUCCUUUUUAAUGCUUAUAUGAUUGCAGUAAGAUGGAAUUCACUUGCCACGGAGUCGGAGCAGGCGGAGCUGUAGGAUCAGAGACUUUAAGUUUCGACGACUACGGAUUUCUACCAUUAGUAAACAUGUUCGGUACUGCGCAUAGUCAUUACCAAGCACGUGACUGUUCAUUUUUCGAGUGUACUCCUGCUGCUACGUUGUGUUGUUGAGCUGCUUCGUGUAGUCGUGACUACAGAGUACAGUUUGUUCGCUUUUCGCCGUUACCCGGUAAUUCUAGAAUCUCGCUUUUUUCGUCCAAAGUCUUCAAUCCAUAAUAAUUAUUAUUAUUAUAAUUAUAAUGGUUUAUCAUUAUUAUGUUUAUUCACAGUAUAUACAUCGAUAACAAAAAAUAUAGCUCUUCUAACCUAGUACUAAUCUACUCAUCAAUUGGUUAUCAAUUAUCGUUACUACAAAACUAUGAACAGUGAAAUGAUAAUAAAACCAUAAGUUCCAAAAUUCAAGAAAAACUAGUGAAAAAAAACUUAUGGAAAGGUCGCUAAGAAUGCAGCCUUGCCCUUCGCCUUAGUUUAAAGGUGAAUUGUCAACUGACUCUUGAAAUAACAACAUUCUGUGGAGUUCCUGAUAUGGUGUGGUAGCGCAUUGAAAACAUUAACAGUGCCGUCUUGGCGUCUAUAAUUGUUUAAAAAGAAGAGACUUUUUAAAACAUUUAGUUAUAAACAAAUUGCGAAAAAACUGCUCUUAACAACAUUUAAGAAUUUUUUAGAAAGUUGAAAAAUAUACGUUUCGACGUUCUAGGACGUUAUUAUCAAUUUAAAAAAAAAUACAGUAUGAAUGUUCUAUAAAUAAAAGAAGAACAAUAGUUCAUUAAAAAGAAAAGUAACAUAUACAAAUAUGUUACAAGUUAAACAAAGAGUUUCGCACUCAUGGAGUCACUCUGAGUGUUAAAAGGCCAGCCCUCUGGUCAGUUUGAUGAAUAGCAUUUCGUAAACGAGGCAGUCAAAUUUCCCGUGGCACUUCUUGAGAACGCGAAAUUGACCCUCGCUAAGAAGAUUUUUGUCACCAUGCGCUUCUAAGAAAUGUUAACUGGGCUUAAGACCUUGCUUCGCAUUAUGUAUUCAAUUAUUUUAGUAGGUUACAAGUGCAUAUAGGAUUAGGUCUGUUCCCCAAUCUCUCUCGGUAGGAAGUAGAGCAUGAAGUAAUAUAAAUGAACUACAUUAAGGAAACAGCUUUUGGAAAGGUAUCAGAUCUGGCAGUAUUGCAUUUGUUGCGUUUUUUACUUUAUUAGCAUUUACUUUUGCCUUUUUAGCUUAUAUCUGCCUAUUUUGCUGUGCUCAGGAAAAUGAGGUUGAACUUCUCUGCAAGUCGACAACAGUCAUUACAUUAUGGUCCCGUGACUCACGGCAAUUUAAAAUCCAACACCAUACAUCUGAUUCAAUGAAGUUGGGCAGCUGCGCCCUGGGAAGCUACUGUUUGAUGGUCACUUGAGCAAAUCACCACAGUGAGCUCCGUAUGCCGUAAUUUUAAACUGUUCAUUGUAAAAUACAGGGGCGUAGCGUAACCGUUUUGGCAAGUACGCACACGGGUCCAUACGGUCUCAAAAACGUAGGGCCUGUUUACAUAGAGGUGGGGGACCUCAGGUAGAUGAGGUAAAAUGUAGCGAGUCACCCCACCUAUCAUGUAAACGCGAUCAAAUUAAGAUGAGAGAUUAUAUGGAGUGGCGGAUUACCCUCCCUUAGAGGGUUACCUCACCUACCUGGGGUCCCCCAUCUCCAUGUAAACCGGCCCUUAGUAUAAAAUAACGUUUUUGCCCCCCGCAAUGUAUCGUGAAAAAUGUUUCAAAUUUAUCACAUUCCACCACUCAAACUUUUUUUAUUUAUAGUGUAAAAACGAUGCGCUAUAACAGCGAGAUAUCGAAAGACAGGAACAAAUUUGCACAAACAAUGUCAAGUCACGACACUAUAAAUGGCUUUUACUUAUAACAGAAAAUCUUUAAAAAAAAUCCAACGAAUUUCUCAAGUACGCACGUGCGUAUUUGCGUAAAGGACACUACGCCCCUGAGAUAAAGCUUCCUGUAAAACGGUGAGAAGGCUGAUUGGCUGUCCUCAGUCCGUAAGAAAGAUACUCCUCAUGUCGAUUUUACAGAUGGUGUAAUUCUUGCUGCCUAUCGUUGCAUCGAAGAAGAUAAUUUUGACGGUAAGCUUGCCUCUCGAUGAUUCCUCCACGGUUUCGUUGCGAAUUCUUUUGACGGCAUUUUGCUGAAACGUCGGCAGUCGGUCUUCGUCGGCUUUGUUUGCAGUGUAAUUGUUCUAUUUUGUUUCUGCCCCUUUACAUCCUCUGUCUUUAGCUUACAGCGUUUACCUUCGCUGUGCCGUUGCUCGCCCUGAAUUUAAAGUCGACUUUCUCGGCCUUGCGGAGUAGUUUAGUUUGUAAAUCUUUCCCAGCGAGGACUGGCACUUGUUGAAUCCAACGCUGUUGAGUUUGCUGUUCUCCUUUAUUUGCCUGGGAUAUUGGGUGGUGAUUCACCGACCGUAAACAUUGUUAUAAUUCACAAAUGAAAAAACCCUCUUCAUGGUCUGGAAUCGAGUAUGGUUUUUGUGGGAACUACGGGAUUGUAUGAACGUCUUUAUCGUUUCAAUUCCAGAUGAGUGCUAAGAAAGAAAGAAAAAUAUGGGAAUUCGAAGAAAUGGAUUUGAAGAAUUUUCAGUUUGUUUUUGCGCUCUAAUCUAAGUAAUGACGACAUAAUUUCUGCCUAAAGGCCAGGUCUGAAAACGGGUGUGGAACUACAUUUUUUGGUCUGAAAUAGGGUUAGGAUUUGGAGAACCGGGCGGCACACCACCACCAAGAAUUCACAGUAGUACCCCCCGGGAUGUGUUGCUAAAACUGCCAACGGAAUAAACCGGCAGCGAAUGAACAAUACCUGUUUCUGUCGCAAGAAAUGUGACCUUCUGUGAGAAAAAAAAAAUAUUGUUUUGUGAUCUGACUUUCGCAGUUGCCAUUCGAUAUGUUCUUUGAUAGGUCCUGAAUCCGUUAAGCCUUGGAUAUUGUCUCUAUCAACAAAUUAAGCUAUUGAAAGAAAGCUUGCACAUGCUAUUUGAUUUCAAGUAUUAACGUAGGUAUAAAUUCCUUAAUUCAUUAAGAUUGAAGAGUGUGAUAGAAAGACGUGACUUGCUUAACAUUUGCUCCCCAUUUAUGGUCCUGACUACGGUUGGUAAAAAGGUCAGGAGCACCCAACGAGAAUAUAGUUCAAAACCACUUAAACGUGGCAUUGUUCAGUUAUUUUAGUAUUUGAACGGUAGAUAUAGGCAUACUUUUAUCCCCUAAAAAUUUUUUAUCUGUUUGGAUUUCCUAGCUGAAAGUCUAGUGAUCCGUAAAUUAUAGGGAUCAAAACUUACUUUUUUGAAAACUUCAGCCAGGAAAAAGGCUCCCGAAAAUUCUAGGUGACCUUCUUAGGGUAAAAAUCCGUUAUACCAUUUUUUAGAUGUUCGAAAAUCCUAGGAGAGACAGGCGAACAAGAAAUUUUACAACAAAUGUUCCUGAGAAUUGUAGAUCUCAAAUCGUCUUCCGAACAGAUAUUUUCCGAAAAUUGACGUUGGGUGCCCCUGAAGGGUGGAUAGUGCCAUCCACCGAGAAGAUUGCCAUCUUAUGGAAGUAUGAGGGUUGAUUACUGGUGUCGCAUAAUUUUUACGUGCUUAGGUGCGCAAAAUUUACGUUCGCAAAUAAAAUAGAGGCAAUACAUAAAAGGUCGCUCGUAAGCGUAAAAGUUGAACCUCGCUCAACUUCUCGUUUAAGCUCAGCACUUUUAUCUUCCCUCAAUUUUAUUUACGUGAUUAAAAUUUACGUGCGUUAAUGUGGGUCCUUAAAAAGUUUUGCUGAGUAUACACGUUUUUAAGGACUCUAAAGACCCACUUCCGUCUCUUAAGUCGAUGUAAGGGACGAUAUUAGGUUUUAAUUUCAUGGCAUUUUGCUUUUAUUAACUGCAUGAUGUGUCAUGAUUAUUCAUAUAGUUUUCAAAAGACCUUUGUUUGUCAGUAUUAAAACCGCCAGCUCAGCGAAUAAUAUCCUUAAAAAAACGCAGAGAGCCAUGAACAAUACAAGUUUUCUUUUGUUCUUUAAAAUGCACAGUUAGCGAAUCUAAGGUGCUCCGGCUCGCUCACGCAAUAAGACUAAAGAAAUUCGACAACUUGACGGGGCAACUUGAAUUGCAAGUGUUGGGCCGAGAUCGAUCAUUCAGGAUGAAGAUAAGUGAAAUCCAGAUUUUUCUCAUAGUUUGUAAUAAAUUGUUUUGUAACCUUUAUAGAAAUAUAUUUUUAUCAACCAGAUUACAUAAUCAGUAAAUCGCCAAUUAGCACAAUGAGGGGUGCUCAAAUUGUGUUCAUGUAAAAUAUCGACACUCUUUCACCAUCACAUGUACAUGAAUCAAGUUUGAUUGACGUGCAGGAUUUUAAAAAAUUGCCUAAAAGGACUCGCUACGAGUUGAAAGGUAACUUAAAACUUAAAACCUUCAUUUGGCUAGUGUCAACAAGUCAAGCUCGGUUGUUGUUUCAUAUUAGUGAAAGAAACAACUCCACAAGAAGAAGUGUUCAAAGAUGCUGCUAGCAACGUUUUUUAUCUUUUGUGCAUGUUGGCUUUAUCUUCGCGCAGAAAUAGUGUCAACUAGAUAUGGAGAUAUCGAAGGAUUCGUGACUUUAUAUCCGAAUGCCUCUGGUCGUUUCAAAUCCGUCAGCAAAUUUCUUGGGGUUCCUUUCUCCGCUCCACCAACUGGAGAGCUAAGGUUUAAAGCUCCACAACCACCAAAAGAGUGGAAACCAAAGGUUUAUUCGGCUAAAACCCAUGGGAGCGUUUGCUUACAGCCCAAACUUUUCGAAAACCUAAUCGAGCCUUUUAGUUCAAAUUUCACUUACAGCGAGGAUUGCUUAUAUCUUGAUAUCUACAGCCCGAACAUCAGCCUCAGUUUGCCAGUGAUGGUUUACAUUCACGGUGGAGGUUACCUUAUAGGAACAGCGAUCACUUUUCCUAGCGAUAUCUUGGCUCUCCAGGGGGUGGUGGUAGUCAUUAUCCAGUAUCGUCUAGGUCCCUUUGGUUUCUUGACGACCGGUGACUCAGCGGCGCCUGGUAACUAUGGAAUGUUGGAUCAAGUGGAAGCACUGAAGUGGGUCAAAGAAAACAUUCAGAAUUUUGGCGGGAAUCCCAGCAAAGUGACCAUAUUUGGAGAGAGCGCUGGAGGAACUAGCGUGGGGCUCCAUCUUCUAUCGCCUCUAUCUCGUGAUCUCUUUCAUCAAGCCAUUCCAGAGAGCGGUGUAGAUUUAAGUUCCUUUGCGGUUCAGCCAACGUCUUUUGGUCUCCGUUUCGCUAAAGAGCUUUCACAAAAACUGAAUUGUGGAUCCAGUGACCAUUCUGCAAUGGUUUCUUGUAUGCGCAGCAAAACAGCGUCAGACAUGCAAAAAGCCGCAGAGUCAUUCAAAUUUGGUUUCGUUAAUAUUUACUGGGCACCAGUCGUAGAUAAAAACUUUCUUCAUGGUACACCCCAGGUUUUGAGAAAAAAAGGAGAAUUUAAGCAAGUGCCGCUUAUCAUCACCUUCACAAGUCACGAGGGGGCGACUUUUCUCGGAGAUAUGAUCAACAAUUCUUUAGGGCUGAUGGAGAGCGUGGACAAUGGAGUCAGUCCGGCCUUGUUCAAUUCAUUUCUUAUUAAGUUCGCGCAAGUUCAAAACAGUAGGUAAGAUCAGUGAAAAUUAAAUAUUUGCUCAGUAGUCUCAAUGUAGCAGAACCCCGUUAACUCCAACUCCCCGCUAACUCUAACUAAGUUCAAUUUCCCUUGGAUUUUACCUCCCUUUCCUGUCAUUUUUACUCGGUUAACUCCAACUCGGAUAACUCGAAUUCCCCUCUAACUCGAACUAAGACGCCUUUUCGCCUCCCCUGAUCAAAAAAGUCUCUGAAAUGUAUCCCGAUAACUGGAAUUCUGGUUCUUUUAACUACUAAACUAAUCUAUAAACUAACUAAUCUGAGUAACUCUUCUUGUUGUAUGAGAGCCUGAAAACACUACAACUGACAUUGGUCACUGUUUAAGGCAAUUUUAUUUUUAAUUUGUGAAACGAACAGAUCACGUAAAAGUGCCUAAUCAUAUUUUUUUUAUGUUAGUGUCUGAUGAAAUAAGUAAACUUGUACUGCACCAUACACUGAAUUGAAUUUUUCAAUCGACUAUAUUUUCGCUCCAAAAAUUACACUACACUGUACACUGAUCCGCUACAACGUAACCACAACCGAAAUAUACUCAGUCGUAGGUUAUUAUGUACCCUGUUUGAUGAACCACAUCCUGUCCAGCGGCACAUCCCCGUAUAAGUCAUAUAACCUAAGCACGUGACCUCCCGGGGUCAUAAUAGGCCACCAACCAUGUUGCAUUAACAUUUAUCAAGAGCGAGUAAUAGCGACUGCUGUUUCUCUCUGGAGACCAUCCUCCGAUUAACUCAAGCGUUUAUCGGUCUCAAAAUAACUUUGGUGAAAUUCACAUACCCCAAGGGCUAGACAGGGUGUUUCCUCCUGUGUCUCAUUGUUCCCUUUUUGCAUUUUUUUAUUUAUUUGCUUGUGUUCUAUUUGCACGCAUUGUUUAACUUUUCCCUUCAAAAUAAAACUAGUGAGGCAAGUGCCUCGGAUUGCUUCACACUGGGCACGGCUCUGGUCUGUGGAAUAAUUGUUAAAUAUCCGUCACUUUUUUUUAGGAAGAAGAAUGCUGGUCUUCUCGCCGAUGCCUUAGAGUUCAUGUACACCCCUUGGCCUGACAACAGUAAUAAAUACGCAUUAAGAAGUGGACUUGUUGAUCUUCUCGGUGAUAAUAUUUUCGUUGCCCCCAGUCACAAGGUCGCUGAUGUUCAAAGCCAGGUCGCUCCUGUUUACAUGUAUGAAUUUGCUCAUCGGGCAAAGUCAAGUUUGGAGGUACGUGCAGAAUGGAUGGGCGUUGUUCAUGGUGAAAACAUUCCCUUUGAUUUCGGAGUUCCUUUCCUUCCCAAAUUUUCGCCACGUUAUAGUCAGGCUGACAGAAAUGUCAGUCUGUUUAUCAUGACCAUGUAUGCAAACUUCGCCCGGUCCGGCGAUCCUUCAGUCAGCGGUGUCGCGUGGGAGAAAUACAACUCGAGUCACAGAGCUUACCUUAAAGUGGACACAAGUGCCAAACUGAAGACGUCAUUUAAUUCUCUCCGAAUGUCUUUUUGGAAUAAUUACUAUCCUAAAUUGGAGCAGGUGAAGUUCGAUGUUAAUAAAGAGGUGGUCAGCGAUGCAAAGGAUGUUGUUACCAUGGGAACUGCUCUUCAAGUUGUAUUUGCUUUAAUAGUAUACUUGAUUUACUAAGACCUUACUUUGUUUUCUACUCAUUCAUUCAAGUUUAUUAGGAGUGGAUGAGACUAACAUUUUCUUUAAUGGUUUAAUGGUUUAUGAGCGGAAAGUAGAGCAUGAUGUAUGUAGCCGAAUCAACUAAAAAGAGUCAGCAAAGAAAAAAGGGCGAUUUCAGUUUUUUGCUAAAAAGUUCAUAACUGUUAUUGAAUGAAGCUGAGAAUGAUACGAGGAAUUAUGCAGAUAGAGGGUUUAAUAAUUAUACUGAUUAGUGAAUUAACAUGCUACAGACUUAAAAUGUUUGUUGCUCCUGCAAUUAUAACCAUUCAUCGGUAGAGGAUGCCUAAGGUUCGUACAAUUCUACAAUUGUUUUGGGCUGCAUUAAAUCCUAAUUUUAAUUCUUUAAGUUUUGGCAGUCUUCAUUGUAUUUGGCCGAGCAUUUAAUUACUACUGUAAUUUUAGCUGAUUGCAUUGCUCUGAAGGUACAGUCACAACCUUUCUACAAAGGUCAUGCGUCUACAACGUCCACUUUUUCGGACGGACAGACCAUAGAUUCAUAGACUCGAGUAUUCUCUCGUUUUCAUCAGUGUUAAUUAUAGUGUUUUCAGGCCCUUUACAACAAGAAGAGCUAAUGGGUUGGCAUCCGAAUGUAGUUAAAAGAAACAGAAUUCGAGUUAUCGGGGAAAAUUUCAGUGACUUUUUGAUCGGGUUAGCAGGGAGUUCGAAUUAUCCGAGUUCGAGUUAUCGGGGUUCUACUGUAUUCGCUUUGAGUACCAACCCCUGUAACCGUAGGCCCGAGCCGAAACUUUUGUCAUUGUGGGGAUGUGCCGCUGGGACCUGGACCCCUUAGCCUACACCAGAGCUAGUUCAGCGGAAUUUUGCUGCCCUAUACUAGACUACACUCCCCAAAUCCCCCUUAUCCUAGAGUACCUUUUAGGCUGAGUUGCAUAAAUUUAAACUUGCCGAUUUGAAUUUUUUUUUUUUUUUUACGUUUAUUGACAAAACAUAUAUUACAGUUGCAAAAUUUAAAACUAAAAGAAAAAAAAAAGUAUAUAUCGAUAUUACAGAUUGAAUUAAAAUUACAUAAAGACGAGAAAGAAUAGUACAGCAGUUGUAAUAAUACGCACAAUAACGAUAGACCUGCUAAUUAACAGAUUAUUCCGGUAAGAUGGAUACUUACUAACUAAUUGAAGGAGGGGGUUUUUCGAAAUCGUAUCUCCAACUGAUUUUAGCCUUAAAUUCAUCCAAAGAUAAAUCCUUAGGAGCUAACUUAUUUAUGUACAAGUAAUAUUUAGCAAACAAAAGAGUAAAAUCGAGCUUUUUGACAAUUGCCGAAGAGCUUUGAUUCUUUCUGUCAUUAUUAAGACCAAAAAUUAAUUCACUUGAGGAUGGCGCAAAGGAGGUGGCAUUCUCGACGUUGAACCAUUUGAUUACUUCUGAAAAAAACCACUUGGUCCAGUGGCAGUUACAAAAAGUAUGAAUUAUUGAAUCAUUUUGUCUGCAGUAAGGACAAAGCGCAUUUUCUGCAAUACCAUACGUGAACAGUUCUCUUUUUGUGACGACAAUUCUGUCUAAGAGUUUAAAGUAGAAUUCUCUUAGUUUGUUGUCUCUGCAAAUAUUUUUCACACGGGAGAAAUGAUGCCUUGCAAGUAUUGUUUCAGAUAGGAGGUCUCUUUCCCAUUUCAUGUUAGCGUUUAUUUCAAGUUGAUCUUUACUAAUCAAGAGCCAGUAGUAAUUUUUAUUUUUCAUUUUAAGUAAAUCUAAUGAAAGGUCCGCUGAGAGCUGGAAGGAGCUUUCGGACAAAAUACUAGUUUUAUCAAGGUGGCAUCUCUCUCUCAUCAUCCGAUUUGAUUUUUUUAAAAUUUUUGAGGGGCAAUUCCCGGUUUCCCUAGUCUAGACUAACAUCUUCAACCAACUGAUCUGUUUCAUGGAAAAUGAUACCCUAUUCUAGACCCAAACUAUCUGAUUUAUAUACCCUAUCCCGGAGUAAACUGCUUGAAAACCAUACCCUUCACAGACGCACAUACCUAUGUAACCCAUAUGUGGCAGUACCCACCCCCCGGGGUUCCAAACCAGCUUUGGUCGAACCCACUUCAAUUUAACCUUAAAUUAGCUUGACGCUUGUGUGACGUUUUAAUCUUAUCUUUGCUUGCCAAGUAAAUUUAAUUAAAAUGUAUUUAAUUGGGAUCUAUUAUUAUUUGCUAUGAGCUACCACGAGCCCUGUAACCGUAGCCCUAAACUUAUGUCAUUUAGAGACUCAGGGAUUGAUGCGAAAUCAGAAAUCCAGGUUUUGUUGAUGGCUGCCAUCAUAUGACUGAUAUCAACUGUCAAGAACAAUGGACCUUCUGGUCAAGCACGAUUAAAUUAAGUUCGACGUUUGAAUGAACUAUUGAGCCAAAGUAGAGUGUAUAAAUUCUGUUAACUCGAUACUUCAGAAGCACGAUACUGAAAAAAAAACAAAAAAAAAAACGGCUAGAGUCAAAAUGAUGGCGAUGAUGUCAGUUAUGGGUGGUUCAGUGAUUUUGCUGAUUGCAUGAUCUGUAGUGAUAUACUGUAUUGAUAUGAGUUUUAUUUCUAAUUAAACUUCCAACUUAAUGAAUUGUAUCGUUUAGGCCCAUGUCAGCUUGCCAUUGUUCUCUAAAUUGCGUAGUCAUCGAAUCCGACGCGCGGUCGAUCUGCGAUCACGCACUAAACUAAUUUUAAAAAAGUAAGGAGGUUUUAGAUGUUGAGAAUGAGUAAUAAAUCCAACUCCGUCGAAAGUGAUAGACUGUAUUUCCAAAAAGGACCCGUUCCGUACAAAAGCUGAUUACAUCUGAAUAUAUCGCGUGAGCAUGCAAACCUAAAAUACAUCAGUAACAUCUGUUCAUUGUUCCUGUUCACGAUAAGAACAGACAACGUUGAUUGACUUGAUACAUCAUUCCGUUUACUAUAAUCAAAAAAUGGUUAACUUGACAGCUCCUAGCAACGCAGUGGCAAAGUAAUAAAAAACAAAAACAAAACAAAAACAAUGUCACACUAUUUCAGAAAGCUAUCGACAUUAGAAGGUACACUGUAGGUAAUUCACGGUUAAGGUAAGAUGCUUGCACUACUUUAGUUUUUGAUCUUUUUUUUACACUUUGUAGUAAAUCAGUUUCUAACAUUUUGCGAAAAAUUUUUCAUUAGUCACAUUGCAUAAUAAACAAAAAGCCAAUAAGGGGUCUUUAAAUAGUGUAUGUUGUUCGAAUGACGUCAGGAUUAAAAAAGUCCGCUGCUGCGAGAUGAAAAGUAAUUUAAAAUUGCUCAUUUGACCUUCAUAAUAGCUAGUGUCAACAAGUCAAGCCCUGCUGCUUUUUGAUCUUGGUAAAAUAAACAGCUCCACACGAAGAAGUGUUCGAGGAUGCAACUAGCAACGUUAUUGCUCUUUUGUGCAUGUUGGCUUCAUGUUCGAGCAGAAACAGUGUCAACUAAGUAUGGAGAUAUCGAGGGUCUCCUGACUUCGUAUCCGAAUGCCUCUGGUCCGUUCAAAUCUGUCAGCAAAUUUCUUGGCGUUCCUUUUAGCCUGAGUAUCAGGCCUUCCUAAGGGGGUACGGGAGAGGAGAUUUUUGCUUUCCAUCUUUCCCCUUUCCCCCCAGAAACGCCUGACACUCAGGUUACGUUCCUUUCGCCGCUCCACCAACUGGAGAGCUAAGGUUUAAAGCCCCCAAACCGCCAAAAGAAUGGAAACCAGACGUCUAUUCGGCUAAGACACAUGGAAGCGUCUGCUUACAGUCCAAACUUUUCGAAAACUUUAUCAAGCCUUUUACUUCAAAUUCACUUUCAUCCAGGAUUGCUUAUAUCUUGAUAUCUACAGCCCGAACAUCAGCCUUAGUUUGCCAGUGA